AUGAAAGUGCCCAAGGCAGGUCGUCCGCUCCAGAAAUGCCCCCAUCCAAAGGGUACCUGCAGCUGCCAGAAACUCUAUGCAUUCAUGGUUAGAAUACCAAAAGUGCCCAUGGCUCCUGGUGAAGCGGGGCAGCAGCAGCAGCAACAACAACAACAGCAGCAGCAACAACAGCAACAAAAAACUCAGCAGCAACCAAACUUCUCUGGCAGCCCAACGUCAGUGGGGGCAUCGACAACUGGUGUAACAUCUGCACCGGUUACCCCUGCAACCCCUUCGGCGAGUGCAAACCGCAUUCAGAAACGUUCCAGACGCCAGAAUAGCAUCCAGGCCUCCGCCGAUAGCGUAUCUAGGGGGCUAGGUAUGCUGACUUCACCGGUUCAAGUCAAGAAUGAGACCUCUACGCCGGGAAACCCUAAUGCGGAUGAUUCGAUAGCGGUAGCGAAUGAAAAGCCAGACUCCGGCCUAUAUCAGAAGACAGAAAGCCCGGACACGUCAACUACCGUAACACAUACGCCACAGAAUGGCGGAUGCUGUGGCCCCAAACGCUCGUCAAAUGCCUCCUUUUCGGCCAACGUUAUGGAUAACAUACAGAAAGCUCCUGGUUACAAGCUAGCCUCUUCGUCAAUUGAUACUCCUUUACAGUCUCAUCCGAUCCAACACAAUCUACUUCACAAAUCACUUUCAACUCCUCCUAUAUCAGAAUCUAACCCUUCUCCCGCUCCUUUCCUCCUCAACUCUUUAGAAAGCGAAUAUCCACACUAUCCUCCGACCGCUCACUCCGUUCCUCCAACGUCAUUUAACCCUGAAUCAGCAAAAAACCACCACUUCAAUUCAUUUGACCAAUUCGGGCCAGCUGACAGCUUACCGCCUGGGCUUCACACUAGUUUUGGCCCUGCUAGUUCUCAGGUUGGGUGCAAAGGCCAUAACUGUGGCUGUGGAGACGGAUGUCAGUGUCUUGGUUGUGCAUCUCAUCCUUACAAUGACACCACACGACAUUAUAUCCAAGAAAUGGGUUACAUGAUGGCGUCCGGAUAUGGUGAUCAGGGGCCGGAGGGAAAUGACGAUGUCCACUCACCACCUUAUAGUGCAUGUCUUCCUCCUGAGUCUCAUACACUAGCGGCUGUUGGACAGAACCACCUUCCCCAAGGUUACGUCCAUUCUGCACAGUUCCAGCCACAACUUUUGGGGUAUGGUGACAACAGCAACAAUAACACUUCAAUACCGGCGACAAUGCCUCAACACGCUAGUGACGGUGAACUGAUGAUGAGUCCUGCUGCUUACUACACAGUGGAAUACCCUAUUAGUAUGCUUGAUCCUUGCACGAAUCUCACUGGGACCUGCCACUGCGGCAUAAAUUGUGCCUGCGUUGGCUGUUUAACUCAUCAUGGCCACAACGGCAUUUCAGCCGAAUCCUCCCCGCCUCCAGACAUACCACAAGUGAGCGAUUCAGGCGGAAACACCCAGCAGGCUGCCUCUUUAUUCUCAAUGCAGACUCAAACGCCUCCCCUCUCGCAGAUGCAGAUGCAAACAGACGCGCAGGCGCAUCUACACCCACAAGUUUCGGCUUCAAGUGGAUAUAAUCCUCAUUAUCCUGGCCAUACUCCAUUAGAAUCUCCUCCUGCUUAA